UGCACUGCGGCCGAGCGACACCGAACGACCGUGCAACACUUUUAUUAAGAGAAGAACCAACAACUUCUUCAGGAAAACCCCAAAUUUACUUGCAACUUUGUCAAUGAUGAUGUCAACUGAAAAUGAACAAUAAACAAUGGCAACAUGGGCCCAAUUUAAAGACAUUUCAUGGAUUUAGCCGGUGUCACUGAGGAUCAUCGGUAGGUGAUGAGAGUGAAGUGUUUUCUCCACAUCACGUACUAAAGAACCCUGACUUCAUAAUGAGGUUCCGGAGAUUCCAUAAAGUCAUGAUGGCUAUGAUAUGCCUCGUAACAUUCACCGUCUACAAGGUUUCAAUGGAUUUCAACACAGGGAACCAGGGAGAUCACAACGCCAUUCCAGAACAAAUUCGUAACCCCAUUCAACCGGAACCACCGGUACCCCAUCCGCCCGAAGUUCCGGAAAUCAAAGACGUUGAGAAAAAGGGGAACAGUGUCAUUGUGCAAUCUCCGAUUGAAGUAGUAAAGAAAAACAAGGUUCUUAACGAUGUGCCUCAUAACCCUGUGAAUGUCAGAACUAACAGGACAGGUGAUAGUGAACGAAUCAGGCAAGCUGCCUUAGACAUUAACAGCAAGGAGGAGGUGCACAACCUCGCUCGGUUUCCAUCGCGGUCCAAUGAAAGCAUAGUACUCCUAGUAAUGGUGCAUAAAAGACUGGAGUAUUUACGAUAUCUCAUUAACUCGUUACGUAAAGUGCGUGGUAUUGGAGAUGCGCUGAUCAUCUUUAGUCAUGAUUACUACGAUGAGGAGAUCAACGCUUUGAUUAAAACUGUUGACUUUUGUCAGUCUAUGCAAGUUUUUUACCCGUAUUUAUUACAAGUCUACGAGAGUGAAUUUCCGGGACUGGAUCCUGGUGACUGCAAGCGAGAUAUGAAAAGAGAUGAAGCCAAGAAACUGAAGUGUACUAACUGGGAACACCCUGAUAAGUAUGGGCAUUAUAGGGAGGUUGGCUUUGUCAUGACCAAACAUCAUUGGUUUUGGAAGCUGCAGCAUGUAUUCGGGAGUCUGGGUGUCACUAAGAACCACAAUGGUCUGGUGCUACUUAUAGAGGAAGAUCACUACAUGGCCCCUGACUCGUACUAUGUGCUCCAAAAGAUGUAUGAACUCAAGAAAAGGAACUGUCCUGAGUGUGAUAUAUUGACGCUAGGAACUUACGACAAGACUAGAAAAUAUAAAAACAGAGCAGAUAUGGUUGAUGUUUUACAAUGGUAUUCAUCUAAACAUAACAUGGGAAUGGCCCUAGAUAGAAGUACCUGGCAGAGACUGCAACCAUGUGUUAAGGAGUUUUGCAAGUAUGAUGACUACAACUGGGACUGGACGUUACAGUAUAUUAGUGUCAAUUGUCUGAAGCCACCAUUGACUGUCAUGGUACCCCGCGCACCCAGGAUCUUUCAUAUAGGAGAAUGUGGCAUCCACCACAAAGGAAAGUGCAAUUCAGAGGAGCUUAUCCAUCAAUUAGACAAGGUCAUCGCGUCUAGUGCAGACUUCUUAUUCCCUGAGACGCUCACCAAGACUCCAAUGACGAGGGCAUUGUACAGGAAGAUGUCUAAACCUAAUGGGGGUUGGGGUGACGUGAGGGACCACGCUCUGUGUAUGGCGUAUGGCAAGGCAGAUUCAACAUUAUGAUGAUUGGAGUGCUGGCUUCACUUGGUGCCUUAGUAGUGCAUUGGUAUUUACAGACGGUGGUUUGGCUGCUACUUCUGUUGAGCUGGAACUCUAGACCAGACCACUGUGGGUAAAUAUCACGUGCAGAAACAGUGCCUACAAACUUUCAUUAGUAAUGUUUACUCAACUUGUUUUAUUCUCUGUAAGUAAUGACAUGUAUUCCAGCUUCUUGUACACAUGGCAGUCGGAGGCAGUCAUUGGCAGUCAUUCACCCACUCACUCGGUUACCCACAUGCAGGCUCGAGUAUGGCUUUUCCAAGUAAUUCUGUCUUGCAUGAAGGUGGCCAGUUUGUCUGUUGAUUCUACACUCUUGUCCUUUUGCAGCACCCCGGUGUAAGAUAUUUUUGAUCUUCCACGUUUUCUCAGCCCGUGAGUUGGUUUCCGGGGAAUGACUUUAUGCGCCUCGAACUCUGGGUGCCUGUAACAGUGGCCUGCUAACUGCAUCCAACUGGCUGCGAUUUUGUCUCCGACCCUAGGGAGGUUGGUUGUCAUUGGUUAUUUGGUCCUUCCAGGAUACAUUGAGCGCCACUCAAUGGUAGUUAAUAUCAGUCAAUGGCAGUCCAUGGCAGUCAAUGGCAGUCAAUGGCAGUCACUGGCAGCUAAUGGCAGUCAAUGACAGUCACUGGCAGUCCAUGGCAGUCGAUGGCAGUCACUGGCAGCUAAUGGCAGUCAAUGGCAGUCACUGGCAGUCCAUGGCAGUCGAUGGCAGUCCAUGGCAGUCCAUGGCAGUCAAUGUCAGUCAAUGACAGUCAAUGUCAGUCCAUGGCAGUCAAUGUCAGUCGAUGACAGUCAAUGACAGUUUGAUUUUGAGCUUGUGGGCAACUUGUACAUGUACGCUGCCUGCAACCAAGGCCACCCUUGUUGGAGUUAAACUGGAUGGAUCAGUUUACCCGGAUAACUUUCAUAAUAGUCAUCACCUUUGAAUUUAUUCCUGCAACUUUUUUAAGAAGUUGUCAUCUUCUACACCUGUAUGUUUUAAUCACCACUCUGGAUGGUGUUUGUACGUUUUUUACUGAUUUUAAAUCUCUGGGUGUGGAGCUUCACCCUUAAAAGCAACUGACUCACUUAUUUCUUAAGAGAUCUUUAGCUCAAGUUUGUGAGUGCAUGGAGCGGAUGCAUGCACAAGCGAAAAAUUAAUGCGGAAAACACAAGUUGACUUUUUCUAAUUCUAAAACUUUAUAUUAAAUGCCCACGCAUGUCUGAUAUUGCUGGGUUUUUCCACACUUAUUUGUCUUAGAGAAUGCCUGAGGCAUUGCACGGUGAGGUAUC